AUGGGUCUUGGGGUAAAGGAGCAUCCUAUUGGGAGCAUUGGCCAACGUCGUGAUUUUUGGACACGUGAUGAUGUCGCUGCCGCCGUCCACGCCUCACCUCUCACCAAAAGACAGGACAACAAGGUCCCCGACGUCUGGGAGAACAAAGACACCCUCUGCAAAGGCUGGGUCCUCAGCACACCAGAGGAAGCCGACAGGCUCUGGAUGGAAACCAAAGCCGGCAAUCAACUAGGUUUCUUCCUCCGUGAACAACCGGGGUAUGUCUUUGGCGGUACAGAUGGAAAGUCUGGCGCCGCGGGAUGCAGUGUUCUCGACAACGAUUGCAGCCCCAUGAACAACAUAGAAUGCACUGAACAGUAUGAGAAAUACAGUACCGACGACAGCCUUAGCAAGACCUCGUACUGGAUAUUCCAGGCUGCUAAGGGCAUGCACUCCAAGUUCAAGGGGCUCAAGACCAAGAUCACCGAGAAGACCAUCAUCAGCGGUCUCAGGAUCGGUCAGAUCGUGACAGACUUUGGCGGCAAUGAGGAUGACACUGGUGAUAUGGUCAAGUGGUUAGCUUCCGCCCGCACGAUGGGCGCUGCUCUGAGUGGACUCUCUACAAACGUUGGGUUCGCUGUCGGCUUUAACAUCCUUGGCGGAAUCUUCUCCAGCUUUGGAAACCUCAAACAAGAGGAGAUCGACCGAGGUACCAUCUCAGCUGGCUUGGCCGAUCUGUUCGAGGCAGCUGUUGACCGACUCGACGAGACCAUGCGCAUCGUCAUGGGCGGUGGUACUGAGGACCAGUACAAUGCACUCAAGACGCCCAACCCGGAUCCUUACAAGAAGCCCGUCGCAAACUUCUUCAACGGCAGUUUCUUCCUUCUCAAUGACAACGUCGAAACUCCCAAGGUUGCCAACAACGUCAUGAAGGCUGCGAAGUUCUACCUCGUUGCUGAUAAGCGCCGUACAGGCCGCGAGGACUGCGGUUACGCUACUUGUCAUCAUUGGAUGGCUCUUGAGAUGCCUAACCGUGUUGGAGACUGGGCUGAGGUUUCGGGUGAGGUUUAUGACAAGAUGGCCAGCUAUGGUCUUGGGAACAAAGAGGUUUACUACCGCGCUAUUCUGGACUGUGUGCUUAAUCCCAAUGGCAAUGUUGACUUGGGAAGCUUGGUUGGUGGCAAGAUUCCGACUUGUUACUUUGAUCUUCCUGCUGUAUACAUUGAUAAGGAUCGGGAGGUUGGAUGCGGUGAUCCUUUCACCACUGUUGAGUGCGAUUAUAUCAGUGCCACCAACAUCGAGUAG